AUGUGCUUUGUUAUUCAAUUAAAACGAACUAUGGUUAAGAAAUCUGGCACGUCAUUGUCGAACAUCUGUCUAAUUACUAUUCUCUAUACGUUAGAAGGAUUAAACAUUGGACUAGUGAUGAGUAUUCCGUUGUUUUUAAUUUAUUAUGGUGCAACGUGGAAAGAUCGCGGGACGUUUAAUUUUACGUUUUAUCCAUUUUCGAUGAAGUUACUUUGGGCACCGCUGGUCGAUGUUUUUUAUAUUAAACGUUUCGGAAGACGAAAAUCAUGGAUAGUACCAAUUCAAUUAAUCAUAGCUGUUGUUCUGUUGAUCGCUUCGUUUUUCAUCGAAUCGCUAGUCAUCCAGAAUCACGUUCUAACUCUGACAAUUAUUUUCUUUAUUGUGGUUUUUCUCACUGCGACUGAUGAUGUUUGUAUUGACGGAUUCGCAAUAACUUUGUUCGCGGCGACUAAUCCGCAAUGGGCCUCGACGAGUCAAGGUAUAGGACAAACGUUUGGUCGAUUUCUUGGUUCGUCGUUUCUGUUGACAUUGGAAUCAGCGAAUUUUACGAAUAAAUUUAUUCGCGCACCGCUUUCACUGCCAUCGCAAACAUCAGGCUUGUUCUCUCUUGCACAAUUCGUACGUGUCGUCGCUGUCAUUUUCGUAUUUGUUACUGUCUGUGUGAUAUUUGUUCGUGAAAAACAAGAAACAGUUCACGCAGAUGACCAUAAAGCCAGUGAUCUUUCUUUGACAAAAGUCUAUCAUUCCAUCCUCAAAUUAUUGAAAAAGAAAUGUAUUCAACAGUUAGCUAUCAUCAUGUUACUUUUACCGAUUCCUUUUGUACCAUUUCAAGCGAUGAGUAAUUUAGCACUGAUAAGUCAUGGUGUACCGAGAGACAAUCUGGCUCUUGUCAAUAUUCCAGUCACUCUGAUCACAGUAUUUGUACCUCUGAUUAUCCGUCGUACCAAACGACCUCUUCUCUGGCUGAUUAAAAUGUAUAUACUGAACCUUCUUAUUGCCAUUCCAGUUUCUGUUUAUAUUCAUUUUACCGAUAAAAUGCUCGCUUCGGGUUAUUACUAUCCGAUACUUAUUCUACUUCUGUCAAUCAGUGACUUUAUUAAGACCUUAAUAUCGGCUGCUUGUGUCGGAUUCUUUGCUUCAAUCUGUGAACCGCGUAUUGGUGGUACUUACAUGACAUUCCUUGUCACGAUCAGUAAUCUAGGCGCUGCUAUCAACUCCUCCAUAGUUCUCUACGUAUCGAACUGGUUACCGAAGAAAUACGAUUACCUUAUUGCAACAUGUGCGUGUGAAGUUCUCGGCAUCUUGUUGCUCGUUUUCGUCUAUCGAGUAUUAAUACGAUUGCAAGAUCUACCUGCUCACAAGUGGUACACAACGAAACAAAUUAACGCUGUUGAGAAUAAAUUAGAAGACCUCGGUCCAAGCGAUCCUAAGCAAUCGUUCAUUUCGGAAAGAGAAAUACAGUAG